AUGUGUGUUGAUUAUUUUAAAAUUCCCCCUUCUCCUUCCAUAAAUAUCUUCAUUAUGAAACUUCUAGCAUUGCUAACACUCCUCUUGAUUAGGGUCAAUUCUAUUGAUCUCAUACUACCACUUGAAGAUGAGAGAAAUGAUUUUAUCAUAUUUAAGUCAGAAGACCAUCUUUUCAAAGUAAAUUUUAGAGUCUGUCGUACUAAGAUAACAGCUUAUGAAAGUAAAACAAACGAUAUCAUCAAAAGAGUGGUAUUCAGAGGUGUCGAGUUAUUCAAAAAUCAAAUGCCCUUUCAAGAAGGAUCUGGAAGAUGCGUACACCAUCUGGAAUCAGAAGGGUCAGAUAUCAUCUUGGUUUCUCCAUCAACAGGACCGGACCACAUGGAGGCAAUCUUCUGGUUCAACGGAAACAUUUGUUACAACUUGAAGUACGUAAAGAAGGUUGUGACGACAGUGGAGGCAAGGUGCCCAAAAAGAUACGCAAUAGAUGUAAGACGUUUGCUAUACGAGCAGCUUCCAACAGUAGGACUGCCAUACUACGACUCACAGCAAGUAUUGAAUGACGGAAAACACGAAUUGGAAGAAUCGAGAAUAGUGUGCGACAACGAUAGGCUGAUGGUAAACAGAAUGUUAGAAGCACUUAAAAUGACGCCAAUUCAAACGGAAGAAGUUAGUUCAAGCACAGGCGAAGUGCGAAUUCAAAAUAAUUAUAAUAUUGAAGAGGCUAAGAUGAAACAAAUGAUAAUAUUGGCGCUCAUUGUGAGUGAGGCAGCCAGUGUUCACCUAAAGUUGCCAGUGGAAGACAACGUAAAUGACCUUCACGCAAUAACGACGAAGACGGAGAUGACGAUGGAAGAUGGAACGACGAUAGACUGUGAACUCGGAAUGUACGAGAGUAAAACGAAAAUACCGAUAACGAAGAUAAGCAUUGGAGAAUUAGAUUUGUUAAACAGCAUGACAUUAAUGACGCCAGAGUUCAGGCGCUUAGUGUACGACGUGAAAAUAAACAACAAGGAACUAAUAAUAGUAAUAUCAGGGUCAAGUAAAAUGAAAAUAGAGGAGUGUUUUCUAGUAGUAGAUGAUAUUAUGCACAGCCUAAUGGACCUGGAUCUUGGAAUGAAGGACCUGUUUGGAGGAUAUAACCAGUACUCGGAGAAGAUUAGGAAACUGAUAAGAGAGAUAUUGCAAAUAAUACCGACAAACAAACUGAUAAAUGAUCUCUGCAAAGACUUAUACGGCUUUGACGUGAGUAAUCUGCCGCUGGAAGGAAGGAACAUUUACGUGCCGGAAUACCAGUCGCUGAGGCCACUGGAGAUAACGGAGGAGGACUGGGAGGACGCAGGACCGAGUCACGAAUUGGAACCAAUUCUACCAUUACUGGAAGAAGAGGGAACUAAACAAAAAUAA